AUCUGAAGUAUUGACGUGUCGUGGAAAAGGAAAGUGCCUAUCGCUUUCAUACGUUCACAUCGGAGAAAAUUUAUAUCUAGCGGCUUUAUCGUAGUAUUAAGUCCCGAUUACAUAUUUCAAAUCUCAAAAAUGGUUCUACAACGUAGUCUCAUGAUAUUUGUGCUAGUUGCGGUACAACUGGUGAACGCUUUGUACUUCCAUAUAGGGGAAACCGAACGUAAAUGUUUCAUCGAGGAGAUUCCCGAUGAGACCACUGUAAUAGUCAACUAUAAGGUGGAGCUUUACGAUCCCCGAAGUGGAGGUUUCAUGCCGUCUUCUCCGGGGAUAGGCAUGCACGUGGAAGUCAAAGAUCCUGACGAUAAAACUAUCCUGUCUCGUGUCUAUAGUUCGGAGGGGCGUAUAUCUUUCACUUCGCAUACACCCGGGGAACAUGUUAUCUGCAUGUAUUCGAACAGCACUGCUUGGUUUAGUGGAUCUCAGCUGAGAGUCCAUCUGGAUAUUCAGGUUGGAGAACAUACCAUCGAUUACGCUAACGUAGCACAGAAAGAAAAGCUCACAGAGCUGCAAUUACGAAUUCGACAGCUACUGGAUCAAGUAGAUCAGAUAACCAAGGAACAAAACUACCAGAGGUAUCGAGAGGAACGGUUUCGCCAAACAAGUGACAGCACCAAUCAGCGGGUCCUCUGGUGGUCAUUAGCACAAACGCUUGUUCUCGUCAUUAUGGGAAUGUGGCAGAUGAAACACUUGAAGAGUUUCUUCGAGGCUAAAAAAUUAGUUUAAAUCCAAGGGAAGAUAUGUUCAUUUCUAACCGAAGUCUGAUUUUCUGUUAACACUUCACUUCAGUUUGUGCUGGUUUGAAAUUAAAAAUCAUCAGAGAAGGAAAUAAAUUUAGUUUUCUUAAUUGUAUGAAAGAUCAGUCGGACAUCUUGAAAGGUCCUUUCUGUAUUGUUCAUAUUUCGAGUUCAUAGGGUACUACCGGUCAAAUUAGAUAUUCCCACCUAAUAUAUCAGCUUCGUAUGGUAUUUGUGAAGAUGACCCGCAUGCUCUUGCGGAUCUCGAAUUCCUUUUUGUCUGCAAACAUGGUAGUUUAUGUGCUUAUAGUGCUGAUUAUGGAGUGUGAUUUUUGUGUGAAAUUGCCGCUAAGUUGUGCACCAGACGGCUAUUUUAAAUAAUUAUCAUAAUAAGUAGAAAUUGCUUGCAUGCUGAUAAUAUCCUGUGUUAGGCCACGGUGAUACUGCUUGCAGCUUCUUAAGAAAAUGUGGCAUGAAACGCAUGCAAUUGUGAGAAGUAAACAACUGCAUAGAAUUGUAUCGGUGGAUUGCAUUGUUUCCAUUAUUAUUGCAAAUGCCUUUUCCGUACUUGGAUUUAUUCGCCGUAAUGCUGCUCAGCUAACCGACGUGUAUGCACUGAAGUCGCUAUUUUGCGCAGCAUCUUAGAAUACGCCGUACCGGUUUGGACACCUUACCACACGUACCAGACGAUACGCAUCGAACGCAUCCAGAAACUAUUCAUACGUUUUGCACUUCGGAACCUGGAAUGACCCCUUAAAUGUUCCUGACUAUCAAGAUCGUUGCCGUCUGAUUAAUCUUAAGGUCCUAUCGGCACGAAGAUUGAGACUACAAUUGAGCUGUUCAUAUUCGACAUCCUGACGAACAAUAUUGACUGUCCUGAUCUACUACGCGAAAUUCCACUCGAUGUGCCCCCGUGUCAGCUGCGCCACUCUGCUUUGAUCGCGAUUCCCAGGCACAGGACUCAUUAUGGAUCUAACAGCAGCUCUCUAUGCUUUUGUCAAGAUGUUCAGUAUUGUUUGCGAUAAAUUUGACUUUAAUAUUACUCGACAAUGUUUUAUGUGUAGACUUCAACA